AUGGGUGUUGAUAUGGCUGGUCUUGUCCUCUCUAGCCGCAGUCUCCACCCCUCCACCUUUAUCCUUCCGACGCCCCUCCUCGCCUCUUUUGCUCCCAACACUGGGAUUUGCUAUUCAUUAACCGAGACACGUCGUCCUGACUUCACGGCAGUCCCACCGACCAAAGAAAUCGAAGUUUUCGCCCACGUCAUCGUAAGCUACCAUUCAAUAAUUAGCAGGAAUAAAAUUCUAGGCUUUAUACCAAGAGCCACACUUUUCUUCUUCCAUUUCCCCGCACUGCCGUAUAUCACCUUGAGGCCGCCCGGGAUACCGAUCUCUCCCUCUCUGUUACAAAUAUAUUCUUUACAUCAUGUCCACAGCACAAGUCCCACUCCUGCGAGCACCGUCAACAAUGGAUACUCUGCACCGAUUCUUGGACCUCCUCAGCCCAGACGUGGCCCACCUAAGCUAAGUCUGGCAACCCCCGGUAACCCAGCCCCUCUUUCGAUACGACCUGUUCAGCAGCAGCAACGCUCAUCAUCAUAUGCAAGCCCCGUGGCUGGAGCAAAUCAGCAGUAUGCGGCUUUGGGUUUUGCUAUGACGUUGAAGAAACAGGUGCGGAAUUCACCCGAUACGAGCGGGAUGGGUAGUGAAUCCGCGAUUCUUGGAGGGACAGGAGGAACGGGUCGCAGAGGAAGCAUUGACUGGGAAAACGAAAACUUGGAUGCAGAUGAUCUGGAUGAUGAAGGGGCGGAAAAAACAGUUUUUGCCAUGAAGAUCAUUACCACGGAUCCCAACCCCGAGGUCAAGAAGCAAAUCUUCCGAGAGCUCAGUUUCAACAAGGAAUGCUCAUCACCGUAUAUUUGCAAAUACCAUGGUGCAUUUAUGGACGUCUCCUCAGCAACCAUCUCGAUCAUCAUGGAAUUUUGUGAAGGUGGCAGCUUGGAUAGUAUCUACAGAGAGGUGAAGAAACUCGAGGGUAGGACUGGAGAAAAGGUUUUGGGAAAGAUCGCAGAGGGCGUGUUGGAGGGACUAACAUACUUAAGUGGAAGAAAGAUUAUCCACAGAGAUAUCAAACCCUCGAACAUCCUUCUUUGUAGAAAUGGGCAAGUAAAACUAUGUGACUUCGGUGUUUCCGGUGAACUUAUCGGCUCUAAAGGCAAUGCUGAUACCUUCAUUGGUACAUCAUAUUACAUGGCUCCUGAGAGAAUUCAAGGGCACUCUUACACCAUUACCUCCGACGUUUGGUCUCUUGGGGUUACCCUACUUGAGGUUGCUCAGCACCGUUUCCCAUUUGGAAAUGAAGCCGACAGUGGUGGGCGUGCUGGUUUGAUCGAUCUCCUCACAUAUAUCGUCCGACAGCCAAUCCCAGAACUCAAAGAUGAACCUCAUCUCGGAAUCAAGUGGAGUGACAAUUUCAAAUACUUUAUCCGUUGUUGUCUCGAGAAAGAUACUGCGAGACGAGCUAGUCCAUGGAGGAUGUUAGAACAUCCUUGGAUUAUCGAGAUGAAAAACAAGCGUGUCAACAUGGCCCAUUUCCUGGGGCAAGUCUGGGACUGGAAAUGA